UCUUUUGAUUAGUCUCCUUUUGAUUAAUCAAAGGGGAUCUUUAAAGUGGUCCAGCUUUUGUAGUGCAAUGUGCAACAUUUUUUGUGAAACCAAGUCCUUUAAGGAUGAGGCGUAUGCAUAUAUAUCUUAUGAACCAAGAAGCUAUCGGUACAGAACGUUUGAUGAAGAGACAGUUUAAUAUGAUUGUCAAUUCCAUCAAUAAUAAUCAACAAAAGGAAAGCGGUAAUAAAUUACCGCAUAUCUAUUUCAUCAUGCGGGUAGAUCACCAGACGAUUCCAAAUGAUUUGAGAAAUGCAAGUCAGUUGUUAAUAAUAACAUUGAUAACAGCAUUUUGUAAUCCCCUCUUUUUUUUUCUUUCUCCCUUUUGUUAAACAUAUUUUUAUUUUCGUGAAAACAAGAAUGACUACCACACAAGAUUUCCCAAUUGCAUUUGCCGAACAGAAAGAAAACUCUUCUGAUACAAAGGUGUACCGUGAAUGGCUUGAAAACAGUUCUGAAUUUCCCAUUUUGCCUUCUUCCUCAUCAGUUAAUGAACAUAACUUGACGAGCGGAAGCUGGGAGCUUUUGCAAAGAAGAGAGGUUCAUGAGGAUGAGGGACAGCAUAUCUUGAUCCCAUUGGAGGAAGACAACGAAUGGUCAAAGUUGAAUACAACGUUUGAGAAGAGUACGCUGUACUCAGAAGUCAUGGAAAUGAAUGCAGCAGAAUUACAACCAAAGACAUAUAGUAUACAAUCUAUUUGGAUAAAUGAAUCAACACCGACACCCGCAACAGCAGCUGACGACGACAAUGAUAGUGAUUACGAGGAUGACUUGGGCACCGAAUUGAUUGAUGACCAAAAAUCACAAAGCCGAAGAGCAAAUAGGUUAUCAAAUCGAAGACAAAUUCAUGAUUUAAAGACAGUCGACGGAUAUGUUAAAGGUAUUUAUGCCAUUGCUACAGCAAAGGAUGGGGCGAAAGCAUCUUCCACAGUCGAUAGGCAAAUUAAAACAAGAAGUGCUCAUGGAAGAUCUGAUAAGGAGAACGCAUUGGUGCUAUGUGCCAAGUAUUCUCACAACAUGAAGAGGCGUACUUUUAAGCAUGUAGGAAAUAAGAGACAAUCGUCCCAUAAAGACCAUUGUGAAUUCUCUGUCCAUUCUGAUAUCUCGGUUAAAUUGUAAACUAUAGUUUACAACUCCUCUACCAUUUUUUUUUUUCACAAUAUCCAACAUACUACGUAAUAAAUUUACAUAAAAGAACAAAUGUGUGCUAUUUUUUUUUCUCAAAUCAGAGGUCAUAGUUGUAUCAUCCAAACAGUGACAUGUGAAUUACGAAUUUUUUUAAAGCUCAGAAUACCCAU